AUGCUUAAAACAUCCACACCUGAAGCGCUAUCCUUGCAAAACGAUGGAGAAGAGCUCCGGAUAUCGAGUGAACAUACGUGGAAGGAGAUGACAGUGAGCUUCAUCACAAGAACCAAAGUCCACGGUUUGAAAUUUAUAUUCUCCCCAUACAAAUCCAAACUGCAGCGGGGGGCCUGGCUCAUGGCGUUCUUGGUCAGCAUCGCCCUCCUCAUCACCUGGUCCAGGAACAGAGUCCUCUAUCUUAUGUCCUACCCGGCCGUGACCAAGAUCUACAUGGUGUGGGCUCACAACAUGUCCUUCCCGGCCGUCACUUUCUGCAACAAGAACAUAUUUCGUGUGUCCAGUUUGACCAGGGAUGACCUGUAUCACAGCGGUUACUGGAUGGACCUCUUGUAUGCCAACCACACCGUGAUAAAAGAGAGCCUGGCCAUCUUGAAGGAAAGCCACAAGCAGGGUCUGCUCAGCCUGCUGGACUUUGACGGCUACACGCGGCCCCCCAAUUACAGGGUCAACACUACCGAGAUGAUGGGCCGCCUAGGACACCAGCUAGAGGACAUGCUGCUAGAGUGCAGGUUUCGUGGUGAUGCCUGUACUGCCAAGAACUUCAGCACUAUUUACACCCGCUAUGGCAAAUGCUACACUUUCAACUCGGGACUAGAUGGCAACCCACUGUUGACCACCUUGAAAGGAGGCACGGGGAACGGAUUAGAGAUCAUGCUGGACAUUCAGCAGGAUGAAUACCUUCCUGUCUGGGGUGACACAGAUGAGACCUCCUAUGAAGCGGGAAUCAAGGUUCAGAUUCACAGCCAGGACGAGCCGCCCUUCAUUGACCAGCUGGGAUUUGGCGUUGCCCCCGGUUUUCAAACUUUUGUGUCAUGUCAGCAGCAACUGCUUCAGUACCUCCCUCCACCCUGGGGAGACUGCAAGUCGACUCCAAUCGACUCCGAGUACUUCUCCACGUACAGCAUUACUGCCUGCCGCAUUGACUGUGAAACGCGCUAUCUGCUGGAAAACUGCAACUGCAGAAUGGUGCACAUGCCAGGGACCUCCACUGUGUGCACACCUGAACAGUACAAAGAUUGUGCUGACCCAGCCUUAGACUUUUUGGUAGAGAAAGACAACGAUUACUGUGUGUGUCAGACCCCCUGCAACAUGACUCGCUAUGGCAAGGAGCUGUCCAUGGUUAAGAUCCCCAGUAAGGCAUCUGCUAAGUAUCUGGCUAAGAAAUUCAACAAAACUGAGCAGUAUAUUGGAGAAAACAUAUUGGUUUUGGACAUCUUCUUCGAAGCUCUGAAUUACGAGAAGAUAGAGCAGAAGAAGGCCUAUGAAAUUGCGGGGCUUCUCGGUGACAUCGGAGGGCAGAUGGGUCUGUUUAUAGGAGCCAGUGUCUUGACAAUAUUGGAAAUAUUCGACUACCUAUACGAGGUGUUCAAGGACAAAGUUUUGGGGUACUGCAUGCGCAAGAAGCGACCACAGCGCUGUCCGAGUGACAACCUGGACUAUCCAGAGAACCCAAGCAGCCCUGCUGUCACGCCUAAUCAUGCCCCCAGAGCACCUGUGACACCCUCAGGAGUCACUCGGACAGUCUCGGAUUCACGCCGAACAUGUUACCUCGUCACCCGACUUUAG